AUGGUGUCUUCCUCUUCCUCUUCCUCCCCCUCUUUGUCUCCCCUCAGGUUCAGACUGCUCUGCCAGUCCAUCAUCGCCCAUAAGCUCUUUGACUACGUGGUCCUGUCCUUCAUCUUUCUCAACUGCAUCACGGUGGCUCUGGAGAGACCCAAGAUACUGCAAGGCAGUCUGGAAAGGCUGUUUCUCACAGUUUCCAACUACGUCUUUACGGCCAUCUUUGUGGCGGAGAUGACCGUCAAGGUAAAGCUGUCCUCGUCCUCUCCGGUGUUCUGUUCCCGUCUCCACCUCGUUAUUCACCUCCCUCUCAUCUUCU